AACUUUGAUGAAUAUCUUGGCAGAUUUGGUGUGAUGAAUUCGAGAUCGAGAAUCCAGAUUCAUUUGUUAUAUAAGCCCCUCCCCGUGUUUGUUACUCUGCAGCAGUAUGAGGGAAACCCAUGAAGAAACACUACAAUACAGUUCUCUCCCUAUUGGAGAAUUGCAGGACCAUGGUAGAGCUGAAGCAAAUUCACAGCUUCAUGAUCAAAACCUCCGUUAUCGAGAAGGUCAUUCCUUUAAGCAAGCUCAUAGAUUUCUGCACAAAUUCGGAGACCGGGAAUCUGAGCUAUGCGACAUCUCUUUUCGAGAGUAUAGAUCAUCCUAGUGUAUAUAUAUGGAACUCCAUGAUCAGAGGCUAUUCUGAAAAUCUAAAUCCAGAUAAAGCUUUGAUCUUUUACAGAGAAAUGCUUCGGAAAGGGUAUCUUCCGGAUCAUUUCACCUUCCCUUUCGUUCUCAAGGCUUGUUCAGGCAUAAAAGAUGUUGUUUUCGGGAGAUGCGUUCAUGGUUAUGUUGCGAAAACAGGGUUUGAAGCCAAUAUGUAUGUCUCUACUUGCUUGCUUCAUAUGUACAUGUGCUGCCGGGAAGUUGAAAGGGGCAUGAAGAUUUUCGAGGGAAUCCCGAAGACGAAUGCCGUUGCCUGGGGAAGCUUGAUUUCUGGGUUUGUGAAUAACAAUCUGUUCCGUGAUGCGAUUCAGGCUUUUACAGAUAUGCAGGGCAGUGGUGUGCGGCCAAACGAGAUGAUAAUGGCGGAUCUUCUGGUUGCUUGUGGCAGAAUUAAAGACAUCCAAACGGGCAAACGGUUACACAAUCUUACCCAAGAACUGGGAUUUGAUCCAUUUACUCUGUCGGGAGCUGAAUUCAACGUGAUCUUGGCCACCUGCAUCAUCGAUAUGUAUGGAAGAUGUGGUGAUCUAAGAACUGCAAGGUAUCUGUUCGACGAAAUGCCACAGAGAAAUUUGGUUUCUUGGAAUGCUAUCAUCACGAGUUACAGUCAAAGCGGUAAUGGAGAGGAAGCAUUCCGUAUGUUUUCAGAAAUGCAGGCUACAGGUUUCAUGCCUGAUAAAGUUACGUUUCUUAGCUUGAUCAGAGCUUCAAUGGUUCAAGGAAACACACAAUUAGGGCAAAGCAUCCAUGGUUAUGUAUUGAAGACGGGUGCUAUGGAGGACACCGCUAUUAUCUGUGCACUUGUAGAUAUGUAUGCCAAAACAGGUGACAACCCAGAAAGCGCAAAGAGAGUGUUUGAGGAUCUGAAAAAGAAAGAUGCAAUAGCUUGGACUGUUAUGAUCAUGGGUUUGGCCAGUCAUGGACAUGGAGAAGAGGCAUUGAGAGUUUUCGAGAGAAUGCAAGAGGAGGGUAGGGUCUCGCCCGAUGAAAUCACGUAUGUUGGAGUUUUGUAUGCGUGCAGUCACAGUGGUCUGGUCGAGGAAGGACGGAAACACUUUGCCGAAAUGAGAAGCCUCUACCGCAUAGAGCCAGCGGUUGAACAUUACGGAUGUAUGGUCGAUAUUUUGAGCCGGGCAGGUCAGUUUGAAGAAGCAGAGAGAUUGGUACAGACAAUGCCGGUCCAAGCUAAUGCUAAUAUCUGGGGAGCAUUACUAAAUGGCUGCGAGAUACACGAGAAUGUUGAUCUCGCUGACCGUGUUAGAUCCCAAAUGACCACAUCAGAAGACCUCGGUAGCGGGAUUUAUGUGCUUCUAUCUAAUAUUUUCGCCAAAGCUGGACGAUGGUAUGAUGUGAAGCUAGUCAGAGAAUCCAUGAAGAGCAGAAGAAUAGCAAAAGUUCUUGCAAAUAGUUCAGUUGAAACCGUGAUUUAAACAUCAUUCCGAAUGGUUUUUUCGGAAUACAUUUAGCAUCUAUACUUUUAUAUAUCAAGAGAUCGAUUAGAAAUAACAAUCUGGUCUUUGUAAUUUACCUCAGUAUAUGAUAAAUGGGUGUUAGCGUUUAUGAAAAUAAAGA